GCGUUGGAAGGGUAUCGGCGGCCCACGUGGACCACGGGCUAUGGCUAUCUAAUGGCGAGACUGGUGACUGGCGUUUGACGGGCAAAAUGGGUUGGCUGGGGCCUCUGCUUCACCUCUUGUAUUACUCGUCGCUUUUGUAUCCGCGGUGCGAUUGGGCGCGAGCGUGAUGGACUUGGAUAUGGACUGUGACCUGUCCCACGGCGGGACGGGCAAAAAGGCGUUGCGUUUGUCGCUUUCCACAUGCUGUCUUCUUGCUCUGCCUGCCCACGAUCCUGCGUUUCAUGAAGCUGCUGCUCUCUCGGGCGACGUGCGGCGGUUCCCCGUGUCCGUCCCGUGCUGCCGAGGCGGGGAGACGGGAAGGCGUGAGGUCAAACAGACUGCGCCGGCGCAGUGCCUUGGUGCGGCGAGUCAAUUGCGCGACAGCUGUCAACUCGCAGGACGGGGCAGUCCCUGUGAGGUUCGCCAAUGUCGUACGAGACCGUUGAGAAAAAGCAAGUGGCGCGUCUAAAAAAUCGCCCAACCGCGGCAGAUGCUGCAGCCCGCAGGCUCGCCAAUCGCUCCGAAUUCAAAUAACCGCCUGGGCACCU